CGAAAAUGGAAAGGGCAACGAGAGAACGAUUCCAACUUCCCAUGGCAGAAAAGAAAACAGUUACAACGGCUUCGAAAAGUCGCUCCAGGAGAAAGUAGCAAAUUAAAGCAGCAGAGGAAGCAUAUUUCCAGGCGUCUCUGGCGGCUGCGCGGGAGCUCGGAGCUGGAGAAUACUUCAACGCCGGCCUGACUGGCUCUCUCCGUGUCCCUCCCCAGUCUCUAUUUUCGCCGUCCCUGAGAUUCGCCGGCGGAUCAAUUCGGCAGGUAGGCAACAUUUACAAGCCGGAGUAUCCUGUGCAAGCAUAAUAGUACCUUCUGGAAAGAGGUCCUAGGGAUCCGAGAAUACUCUAAAUAGUCAAGUCAAUCAAUUUUUAUGGGAGAAUGUAGCUGUCAGGCAGUAGGAUGUUGUUUUGAAGAACUGAAACAGCCUCUAUGAAGUCUUCCGGGAGAACGUCUUUGCUUGGACUUGCAGAUGAAGGGGUUCAGCCACAGAGUUCAAACACUAUGCAGAGGAGUAAUUUUGGAGCUCAGCCUGUUCAGAGGGAUACAAUUGGUGAUGGGAAGUUAAAUUUUGCAGAGGACAAAGAAGCAAUGGUUCUAUAUUCAAAGAUGACGGACCAAAAAGACGAGAUUCAGAUGCUCCGUAAACAGAUUGCUGCUGCCGGAGUGAGGGAACUCCAACUAUUGAGUGAGAAAUAUGCGUUGGAGAGGAAAUUUUCCGAGUUAAGAAGGGCAAUUGAUGAUAAGCAGAAUGAAGCUGUUACAGCUGCUUUAAAUGAAUUGGUUCGUAGAAAAGGUGAUCUUGAAGAAAACUUCAAAUUGGCUCACAACUUGAAGUUGGUAGAUGACGAGAGGUAUAUUUUUGUGUCUUCUAUUCUUGGCUUGUUGGGUGAACAUGGAAUUUGGCCCCAUGCUGUGAAUGCCUCUGCUAUAUCCAACAGUGUGAAGAACCUGCACAAUGAGUUGCAGUGGAAAAUUAAGUCUUCACAUUACCCUGUUGUUACUUCCCGUGAUAUAUUAGGUUAUGACAUUGCUACAUUUUUCAUUAAUAUCAUCCAGGAGAGAAUCAGAGAGUUGACUUCCACUGUGGGAUCUCAAAUGGAGAGUGGAAAUCAUGACAAAGAUAACUUUGGCCCUGGCAUUCUGACUGGUCAAUUUCAUCAUCAAUCCAUGGGCCACAAUACGAAUCAUCACAAUUUCAUAGAACCAAGUGAUAAUAUGCUAGGAAGGAUGCCUCAAAAUAAUAUUGCAGAAGGGCCAAGUUCAAUGCUUGAUAACGACAGGCAACCACAGCCUUAUAACAACAAUUUUCAGGAAUUUGAAUUCAACCAUGAUAGUUUUAAUAAAGGUCUCAAUGUGAGAGCACAAGAGAUGACCAAAGACUUGCGUCCUCCUUCCAACGGAGAUCAUGAGAUGACUUCAUCCAUUUCUGAUGAUCGCCCUGGCAUAGAAGGGUUCCAGAUUGUUGGAGAAGCUGCACCUGGAGAAAGGCUCCUUGGUUGUGGAUACCCUGUACGAGGUACCUCUCUCUGCAUGUUUCAGUGGGUUCGUCAUCUUGAUGAUGGAACAAGGCAGUACAUUGAAGGAGCCACAAAUCCAGAAUAUAUAGUGACUGCUGAUGAUGUUGAUAAGGUUAUUGCUGUUGAGUGCAUACCAAUGGAUGAUCAAGGCCGUCAAGGAGAAUUAGUGAGGCUUUUUGCAAACGGUCAGCGCAAAAUAAAAUCUGACCCAGACAUGCAAUCAGAAAUCGACGCAUUCAUAUCCAGUGGGGAAGCUUCGUUUAGCGUCCUAUUGCUGAUGGACUCUUCUGAGAACUGGGAGCCAAUUGAUCUAGUUUUGCAACGAUCCGGAUACCGUAUGAAGAGUAAAAUCACAGAUGAACCAAUUUUCGCUGAAAAAUUCUCCAAGGACCUGUCAAUAAAAAUCCCUUCUGGCUCGACGCAGUUCGUUUUGACGAGCUCCGACGGGACAUCUUUUCCCCUCAGCACAUCGACUGUUCGGAUGCGAGAGACUCUUGUCCUGACCUUGAGAAUGUUCCAGAGUAAGGCUUUGGAUGACAAGAGAAAAGGGAGAGCCUGAAGAGAGAGACCCGUUUUCGCUGUUCCUUUUAGCCCAAAGAAGAGCGAAGAAGAAGAUAGAUUUACAAUGCAGCAGAUUGCUGAACGCCAGCUAGAGCAGCAAGCCAGCCAUUGAAGUUUUCUUCAUUUUGUCCCCAUAAAUACAUUUUUUUGUGUAUGUUUUUUUCUUCUUCUUUCUAAAGUACUUUUCUUUAGCCACGUGGCGACAAUAGUUCAUAUUUUUUUUUACCCCACUUGCCAUAUUUUCUCCACAUUUCUGCUCUACUUCUUUUUCAUUGUUUGUUGUACCCAAUGAGAUGUGAUCACGAAAAUAUUAUUUUCCAACUCCUUUUAUUUUCUUCUUUUCCUCAUAGGAUGCGGAUUGAUUUGUUUGGUGGAGAACAGAUAGAGAAGGAAGAGAAUUUUGUUGCAAAUUCGCAACUCAACGACAAUCAACCUGUUGUCAUGUCAAGUCGUUGGAUGCCGGCUGGUCUGGAUUCAACUGACUCGGGUAAUAAAAUUGGCUAGAAUACUCCAGCAUGAAGGCGGUCAAUGCUGGUCGAAACUGGGAACCCUAGUGAUUCCAUCGGUUCCAAUAUUUUUGCUAGACAAAAUGACUGUCGUUUUAAUGUAUUUAAAAAACAAAAAAAAUUAAAUAUAUAGAUUUGUC